CAAUUGAGUUUUAAUAGAAAUUCAAGUUUUGAAUGAGUGCGGUACUUCAAGCUUUGAUGACGCAAUGAGAAUUAAUAUUUAAGCCGAAAUAAUUUAUAACAUUGAAGAAAGACUUGACGAGAAACGCGGAAUGUUAAAAAAAUAUUUAUUUUUUUUCGUGUUAAUUAAUUUUGUUAUAGUUAUCAUUUACAUUCAACUUGAGAAAAACUAUUUAAGAACGAUUCAAUCUUUUUUAGUUAACAUUUAUUCUCAUAAUGAUAAAAUAAUCAUAAAAUACAAAACUAAAAAAAAUUUUUUUAUUCCAACAAAAACAUGCUGGAGAGAUAUUUUUGACAAUAAAAAUGUCACUAUAGCUUCCUCACCGCAAAAUGCGCUUUGUUUAUUCAGCCCGUUGAAAGUAAAAGAUAAACAAGAGUAUGAAAAAACGAUUGUUGUUUUAGGUAUCGGAGUUCACCAAGGACCUCUAGCAGACAAUAAAGAAAUUUUACCAAAAGCAGGUUUCAAGUAUAUCAGUUGGAAAAAUAGAGAUAAAAGAUUUAAUAGAUUGCAUAACUAUCUAGCUCACGGUUAUUCCAAGCGCCAUUUAAAGUUAACACAAGAAAUCUUUUGGAAUGUCUACAGAAAUGACCCUGAUUUAAUUGAAGCUGAUAUUAUUGUCUGUGGAUUUGACUCGUGGCAUUGUCUAAUAUUUGCCCCUUUUAAUAAAAGAAUUGUUAUAAAUAGCAACUAUCGAUUUGAUGGUCACAUAAGAACUUUAGACGAAGAUAUGGUUGACUUACAAAAUGAGCUGUAUAAUGCUGUUAGAUAUAACCCAGAUGUCAUUUUGGCUGGUAGUACUUUUUACGAUGUUAUGUAUCAGCAGCAUUAUCUUGGUUCGCAUAAGAUAAUACCCUUGCCUGCCUCUUGUGAAUAUGUUCAAAGUAGAAUAGAAAAAGAAGUAAAAGAGGACAAGAACUGCAAAAAUAAAUGUAAAAAUGCUAGCAAUAAAACAAUAGUCAUAAUUUUUCCAAAACGUUUGUCAAAAGGUGGAAAAAUUGUUGCAAAACAAAUUCGUCAUGAAGCAAAUAAAAAAGAAAGAACUUUUGAAAUAAAAUAUUUUGCUGAAUGUUUUCCAUCACAUUAUAAUUACUGUCAAAUGGGUCAGAUUGAUGUUGCAAUUUUGUUAGGAUAUUCUGUGAUGUCGUAUUUUAGUUGUGAAGUUGCUAAUGUGGGCAUACCAUUGUUUGUACCUUCAGCUGAAUUAUAUGCAAAGUAUGAAAAACUGCAUCAUCUUGUCAGUGAAAGAAAACAAAGAUUAGAUCAUUCGACAUACGACAUCAUGAAACAGAAUAUUCGGUCUUUAAACUACGGGUACAAUCCUAAUGACGAUUUUGACGACAAAGCACUUCAACGUUGGCUCAGUUAUUCAGACUAUUAUUAUUAUAAAGGAACUGAAACCUAUAAUAAUUACGAUAUUCUUUUCCAUAAGCUUUCCAAUCUAAAUUUAUCAAACAUGAAGUACAACGCUUUUAAACAUCGCAUUGAAAACGUUAAUGUUGGAAUCAAUCAUUGGCAUGCUAUAGGAAGGUACUUCUUUGGUGACUCUAUUUUUUUGUUUAAAGAAAAAUACAUGCCAAAAACAUUUGGCGAAGGUUUAAAUUUUUGGAAAAAACAAGUAACCAGACCAGAUUUUACAUUAAAAGACAGAAAAGACUUUGAUGGUCCUCCAAUUGCAGUUUUAAUGCUAGCUGAUAUACAUGGAAUAAUCCCAGAAUGCUUUAAAUUUAAAUUUUAUAAAAUCGUGUUGUUAACAGAUAAAACUAAAAAAGUUAAUGAUUGUCAACUGCUAGAUCAUAAAGUUCUUCUCGAAGAGUUAGCAUUAGAUUUGUUUAAUAGUAUAAGCUUCCCAAGUUCAAUAAAAUGGCAUGAAAUUGCAAUGGUUGUUUAUGGAGCAAAUUUACGUGCAAGUAAAGUUACAAUUUUAAAAAAAUCAGAUAAUUUUUCAAGUAAUUGCUUGAUUUCGAACGAGUUUGAAUUUCUUGAAAAUAAGUCUUUAUGGACAAUGUCAACAUAUGAUUCUACGCAAUAUUGGUAUAUAUUUGCACCAGAAGAUAUUAGAGUAUUUAGUUAUUGGAUAAAAACUCUGGCAUCAUUUACAACUGAUUUAAAAAAUAUUCAACUGACAGAUUGCCGAAAUAUUUUUCUAACUAGAGAAAGCAAAUUUUCCGAAAAAGAAAUUGGAGAUUUAAGUUCGUAUUUAUAUUAUUGGCAGAGCGAUGAAACUGAAAGUUUUUUUUAUAUUGUUGAUCAGUUAAACUUUGAACUUGCGGUUCGUGGAUAUCUUUCACAACUACACGCAAAACUAAGUCGAUGGUGGUUGCAUAAACUUGUAAAAUUAGGUUAUUAUCAACCAUCAUUACCCAGCUAGCCCGCACAAAUUACCCAAUGUCGGAUUGACGUGGAGAAAUCGAUUGGCCAAUGGUCAGUAACUUAAAACUACUGUAUUAAAUUUUUUUCUCAAAAUAAGUUUACACAAACUUUAAUACUGAUAAAUAAAGAUCAAACAUUAAUGGUGUUAACUAUAACUUGAUAACACAGAGAAAAAUCAAAGUUUUUCAUAAUAUUUUUAAUUACGUUAAAAUGUUCUCACAAACUAAACACAUGUUUAAACAAAAUAGCAUUCAUUUUGUCA